AUGGCACCCCCUUUCCAUCCAGGUUCCCUGGGUGUCCUGGGUGGUGGAUGGGGGGCACCCCAUCGGGCGGGGCCUGGGUCUCGGGGGCUUCUCACCGUGGUUCCCCUGCUGGGAUGUGGUCUCUUCCAGCUGACAAAUGCAUCCAGAACAUCUACCAGGAGUUCUGCCUGGGGAAACCCCGCAAGUAUUCGGGCAUCAUGGCGGAGUUGCUGGUCCAGGCUGAGCUGCCCCUCGACUCCAUCAAGGCCAACGUCACCGAGUUAACGGCCGGCGGGGUGGACACGACGGCCAUGCCCCUGCUCUUCACCCUCUUCGAGCUGGCCCGCAACCCGCAGGUGCAGACGGCCAUCCGGGAGGAGAUCCGGGAGGCGCAGGCGCAGGGAUCCAGGGAGCUCUCCAAGGUGCUGAACGCCAUGCCGCUGCUCAAGGGGGCCCUGAAGGAAACGCUGAG